GCAUUUAAUUGAUUGAGUAUUUUUUUUAUUAUAGCCCAUCACAAUGUUCCAGCACAAUAAGAAGUGCUUCACUAUUGAAUCUCUUGUGGGUAAAGACUCCAAUUCCUCAAGUGCCUCUGCGGAUGAGCCCAUCAGACCCACUGCUCUGAGGUUCUCUGAAUCCAUCCAUCCUUCCCCCUUUGGGAGCUGCUUCCAGAACUCAGGCAGGACACUGUACAGCAGCAGCCCAGAGAUGAUGUUCACAGACCCGGCCACUCAUUCCACCAACUCCGGGCUGUCUCUGCGUCACCUCCAGAUCCCCACACAGUCCUUCUUCAGCCCUCACCAGAGGGACCCCCUCAACUUCUACCCGUGGGUGUUGAGGAACAGAUAUCUGGGACAUCGAUUCCAAGGUGACGACAGCAGCCCGGAAAACCUGCUGCUACACGGGCCUUUCUCUCGCAAGCCCAAGCGCAUCCGCACGGCCUUCUCCCCGUCGCAGCUGCUGCGGCUGGAACGUGCCUUCGAGAAGAACCAUUACGUGGUGGGAGCCGAGCGCAAGCAGUUAGCCAACGGGCUGUGCCUGACAGAGACACAGGUGAAAGUCUGGUUCCAGAACAGAAGGACCAAGCACAAGAGACAGAAGCUGGAGGAAGAGUCACCAGAGUCGCAGCAGAAGAGGAAGGGCAGUCAACAUGUGAGCCGCUGGAGGGUGGCCACGCAACAGGGCAGCUCUGAGGACAUUGACGUCAUUUCAGAAGACUGAUAUCGUGCGGCUGCGUUAUCUCGGGUAAUAAACAUCAGUCAUGAUGACGGAUCUCUGCCACACAAAAAAAAGAACCAUAUUUUUCAGACAGACACACUGUCAUGAAUUAAACUUGGUGUGUAAACUAAGGAACUGAGUCACAGUCGACCGCCACUGACUUCUGAUCGCGCACAGCAGAACAUAGGACGUCAGCAGCUGAACUGCUCCGAAAGACUUGACUGUAAAAACUUCUGUAUGCAAUACACAUGGACCUCUUCAUUUUGGAUCACAUUCCAUCUCAGAGCAAUGGAGACUUUUUUGUACGAUUUUUUUGUGUGUGUAAGUUUUCACUUCUCUCUCGCUCCUUUGUUAUCAGUCAGAACAUUUCCAUCAUAAAGAAGUAUACUGGAUGACGAAAGUAAUAAUAAAAGAACACCUUAAUGAAUAGAUUGAUCAAUGUUUUGUAGUGUUAAAUUGAUUUAGAGAUUCAAUGCUCACAGUCUAACACCAAUAGGUGUACAUAGACGCCAUAGAUGUACUUCUAAAAAAAAAAUGGAUGUGCGUAUUUUAUACAAUGUCAUUCUUUUACGAACCAGGCAAACACUUCAAAAUUUAAAGUGACAAAUAUCAGUCGGAUAUCCAUUUGAAAUGGUUCUAUUUAUUCUGAAUGAGUGAACUUUUCUAUGCAUUUGAGCUCCAAACCCAAAAUUGUAUUUUGUGUUUUACAUCUGGGUUAAAGCUCACUGAAGAUUUUACAUGUAUCGUGUGAGAAUUUUUUUUUUCUUUCAUGUUCGUUACCACAACGGCUCUUGAACUGAGAUCAAAUAUCAGUGAACUAGAGAAGCUUAGGAAUUGUUUGAAUUUUUUUCUUUACUCAAUUAAAUACGAGGAAAAAAAUGCAGUCUAACCUCUAAGACCCAGAAUGGUUUGUAGCACUUCAUAGCAGAUUUUUUUUUGGGGGGGGGGUUUCUUUAAGGUGAUAAGCACCCACUGUAACCCCAUUCGUUUGUCUUCAUUGUUCAGGAAUCUUGUGUGUUUAACUUUUUUUCUGCAGACUAUUAGAUAAUAAAACCUUAACUUAAAGACU